GAGGGAGAAGGCAAUUGCCGGCGAGCAUUCUGUGAGCGAGCUAGACCAAAAGGAAAGCAGGCAUCAUUGUGAGAGAAAAGGGUAUUUUUGUCAAUUUUGUGGUAACCGACCCGAAUCUGUCCUACUAAUACUGGGCUAGAAUUUUAAAAAAUUGGCCCACUGUCAUUUAUUUCCUGAGCCUAGGUCCAAUUUACGCUCUGAAGUGUAAACCCUAGUUAUCCAACAAGGAGAAAGAGUCGCCAGAUUGAUUGUAUAAAUUUAUUUUCUUUGUUUCUUGGGUGAGGGAGUGGCCGAGGGCGAGAGCUUCAGCAAGCAACGAUGUCGAAGAGAGGUCGCGGUGGAACGGCCGGGAACAAGUUCCGGAUGUCACUGGGUCUUCCGGUGGCGGCGACAGUGAACUGCGCUGACAAUACUGGAGCUAAGAACCUCUACAUUAUUUCGGUGAAGGGGAUCAAAGGUCGCCUCAACCGUUUGCCGUCUGCUUGCGUUGGUGACAUGGUCAUGGCCACCGUGAAGAAAGGAAAGCCUGAUCUUAGGAAGAAGGUCCUGCCAGCUGUCAUUGUUCGCCAGCGCAAGCCAUGGCGCAGAAAGGACGGCGUUUAUAUGUACUUUGAAGAUAAUGCGGGUGUCAUUGUUAAUCCCAAGGGUGAGAUGAAAGGCUCCGCAAUUACUGGUCCAAUUGGCAAGGAGUGUGCUGAUUUAUGGCCUAGGAUUGCAAGUGCCGCCAAUGCAAUUGUCUGAGUUAGGGAAUUGGCUUAACAUGUAUUUUCUUGUAGAAUUUUGAAGUUAUUUGCGUGGUUUUGUUUACUUUUAAUUAUACGCCAGUGAAUUAGUUUAUUUUGUUCCGUUGCUAUUUUUUUGAAUAUCGUGUUUCUAAGAAGUUAAUUGGCAGCUAAGGAGUUGUUUUUG